AUGUACCUCCCAAAGCUCCAGCAAAAGAAGAAGGUUAACCAUUUCCAGUUCACCCGAUCUCGACGCCAACUCAUCGGUGGGGGCAUCAUUGGGGUUCUGGUCAUCCUCUCCGGCGCGGUCUACGCACUGGGGAAGCUCCGUGGGAGGGAGCGGCAAUCCCAGAUCGAGCUCGCCCGCACCCACCCCGGGCAACGCGUCGUAAUUCUCGGCGGCGGCCUCGGCGGCUGCGCGCUCGCGGGGAACCUCUGCAACGCGGACCCCGAACUCCACGUCACCGUCGUGGAUGCGCAACGACGGUAUCUCUUUCAAGGCCUCGUCCCCCUCGCCCAUGUGGGGCAUCGCAGCUACGACCUCAACACCUCCGGCGCGGUGGAUUUCUUGAGCUCCCCUCUUUCGUGGAACGUCACACGACGGGCGAAUAUGGUGCUCGGGGAGGUGGUGUGCGUGCGGCCGGAGAAGAAGGAGGUGAUUGUUCGCGGGAAAGCCGUGAAGGAGAGGGGGGGAAAAAGCACGGCAGAGGGCUCUUUUUCGCGCGGGAAAGGCGAGGGUGACGUGGAUUCCACCUUGCCCUGGUGGCGGCGCUUCAUUCGUUCCCCUUCCCCACCCCCUUCGCGAAACCCCGAUGGCAGCCUCCCCCUCUCGGAUGGGUGUGUGGCGUAUCCUUAUGACGUCCUCGUCGUCGCCGCAGGGGCGCAGCGGACGCUAGGCCCGUUGGCGGAUUUUCUGAAGGUCUCGAACCUGGAUUGCUACCGCAUUGCGGUGAACCCCGGGGUAACGCGAGACUCCCUCGUUCAUUUGUACAAGGGGAACGUGCUCCACGUCAAAGUUCCCCCGACCUCCUUCGUAAGGCAAAUGGAGCAAAUCCGACGGAAGCUGUUACCACCCGCGAUCCGCAUUAGCGAAGAGCAUCUGAAGGAGGCCUCUCGUGUCUAUCUUGAAAAGGGCAACUUAUUGCCCCUGAUGACGCCAACCAUUGAGAAAGUCUGCACCGAUAAGAGCAGUAGAAAUACGCUAGCAGCCGCCGAUGAAUCUUUUCUCACCGCAUGGUGCUCUUGCAAGAGUAGUACGGACUCAGCCGCUUCGUCGUCUACGUCGAAUCACGACGAGUCUUCGUCGCAGAAUUUUGCCCCGUAUAUGCAUUACCCCGCUCGGCAACACGAAGGCACGUUUGUUUCCUCAACGAACCUUAUAUGGAAGUAUUUGCAUUACUUUUCCAAACUGAGCUUUUGCACACUCUACACCAUUGUGGCUGAUGCGGAACCGCUAGGUCCCGCGUCACGCUCCGUGAAUAAUAUCAUUCGAGAUCAUUGGUCGAACAUGCAGACGCAUAGUUACCGCGCGCUGAAGUUGCCGUCCGCCUCCACGACUCUGGAAGGUGGAGAAGUGAGCGCGAAAGUAUUGGCCGACUUGCGUUUCUUCUUCUUGUCGCAUAGCUACCUCACCGACGUUGACUUGAUCAAGAAUGAGGCUACGGUGUAUAACUACGCCUACAAUGCGCUGAUUUCGAUUCCCUUUGGUCUGAUCCUUCUUGAUCUUCCCUUGUGCGCGCCGAGCUUUAUACGGGAAAGCGGCCUCCACCGAAAGGACUACGCACGGGAGCACAUGCCUGCUUUCUUAAGUACGAGCUGGUGGAAUGCGGUUGCGGCCAAAAUGGUGAAUCCUGCUGACGGGGCUAACCCCUUCCGCUGGAUGUCCACGGUGCAAAAGAUCCCCCCUGUGCGCAAUUGCUUUAGAGAUGAGGAGGGCUUUGUGGAUGUGUACCCAGACACCCUGCAGCAUCGCCGCUACGAGAACAUCUUUGCCCUCGGGGAUGCGGCGGGGCUCCCCACGAUGAAGAGCUACGGCUCCACCCUUGCGCAGGUUCCGGUUGUUGCGCACAACGUCCUUCAGGUGGUGCGCAAGCAAAAGAUCCUUCAACGUAUGAGCGAAGUGGGAAAAAAUAAGGAGUUAGGUAGCUCUCAGGAUCGCGGCAAAGGAAGCUUACAGGAGCACACCCCACAACCUGAAACGACGGCGGUUGAGGGGGGAGGGGUUCAUCGUGAGGCAAACGCACGUUACAACGGGUAUAGCUCGUUUCAUGUGUGUAUGACUCCCUGGAGAGCGAUGUGGCCAGAAAUGGAAUACAAUCAGCAGCAGGUUGAUGCUUUUCAGGCUCUUCACGAGGUAGCCGGCACCAAAAAUGCGACGAGGAAGGAUCACGAGAAACUACCCUUGAUCGAGGGGGAGGAUCCAGUGUUGGUUGGAAACCACCCUCUUAGAUUCUGUAAUCACCAUAUUUGGGAUAACUUGGCAUGGAAAGAUUUCCGUGGUGUCCUUAACGCGCUGUUCUAUCAGUCCGGUCUUUAUGAGAUUCUGUUCUUUGUGCUUCUCAAUUCGGGUUCCUGGUACCCACCGGGAUGGCUUUCGGUGCCGACAUUUUCCCCUGUCGAUGGCUCCAUAGAGCCUCCUCGAACGCGUUUUAGUUGGUUGUAG